CCGUACCCUCCUCCACACCCCCUUCCUUCCUCGCCCCCUCCCUCUUCUCUGCACCCCGGCUCUGGCUUGAUAUAAAAGGCGGGAGAAAGGGCCAGACCGGCAGCUCGGAGUUUCAGCACCAUGGAGAGCGCCCGCCUGCGCCUGCUGCCUUUCGUGGCUGCCGCCCUGCUGCUGCUGCUACCUCUGCUGGGCGCGCGAGCCCAAGAGGACGCCGAGCUCCAGCCGCGAGCUCUGGACUUCUACUCCACCAUGGAGGACCCCUCCCAUGAGAAGGAACUGAUUGAAGCCCUGCAGGAAGUCCUGAAGAAGCUGAAGAGUAAACGCAUUCCCGUCUAUGAAAAGAAAUAUGGGCAAGUCCCCAUGUGUGACGCAGGUGAGCAGUGCGCAGUGCGUAAGGGAGCCAGGAUCGGCAAGCUGUGUGACUGUCCGCGAGGAACCUCCUGCAACUCCUUCCUCCUGAAGUGCUUAUGAGUGACCAGCUCUCCUCCAGAGACCCCUGCGGCCUCUGCAUCCCUCUGCCCCCCCCCCCAGGAGGACCGCUUCUUCAUUCCUGGAGUUUGGCUUUAGCAACAAGGUUGCAUCCCCCUCCCCCCGCAAUUUCCAAAUAAAAGAAUACCUUAUUGUUACUAUGUGAAGGAUGAUGCCUUGCCUUGUACGGUGUUGAUCAGUGAAAAGUAGUCUUUCCUUCUAUUACGUCUGAUAAACUCCUGUACCUCUGUGUAAAGGGGAAUUGUCCUUCGAACAGGGCGUUUUGGUGUGUGGCCUGGCAGGAUGAAAUUCAGCGCUUGUUAAUCUUGGUAGAGGACAUCACAACCGGAAAAAGCAAAUUACCCCCAAGCAACACAAAUUGAAGCAUGUACAAAUGAUACCUAAUAAAGUGUUUUUAUGAAUUGCUCA